AUGGCGAUGAUUCUUAAUCCAGGUUACAAAGUUCGAAACCUCCUUGCGCUUAACUUUGCAGGUUUUGCCUGUAUUUCGCUUGUGGUGUUUCUUCUGGCUUCGCAGCCAUUCUACUUAUCAGAUGUGAUUGGCGUGGACCUGAAGAAGAUAGGGUCUGUGGUUGGAACGUUGGGAGUUUUGGACGAAUUGACUUCCAUCUUGGUGGCUUUGUUCUUGGGAACGUUCAACGAUAAGCUCAACUUUUGGGCGAGAUCUUCAAAGAGGUUCUUUCCUUCCGGUCCCCGGAUUUUGGAGUUUGCAGGGUUCAUUCUUUUGGCAGUGGCUCUUUUGGGCUAUGGAAAGUUGUCUCGUCAUGUUUUUCCUGACCUUUGGUUCUGGAGAGCUGUUUUUGCCGUUGCUGUGACCGCUUGUAUGAGUAUAGUGACGGUGAUGCUUCAUGAAGCGAACAACUCUGAUUUUGCAUGGACAGACUUGGCUUUCUGGAAAAUGUACCAGAAGAAGCCUGAACACGAUGAGGUGGAGCUGGGACUCUUGACGGAAGAGCCUGUUUAUGCUCCCCAACAGAAUAAGAAGCACGGUAAGCUUUCAGCUUUGCUUGGUGUGUCUACUGGUCUUGGAGCUGUUUUCUCUGUAUCGUUCUUUUUGACUUUGCCAGUGAAGCUUAGCGACCACAAUUCUGACCUUACCAGAGCUGGAAGUGUGAAAUUAGCCUAUGUUAUCUUGUCGGGAUUUGCGCUUAUUGCUGCCGUUGUGGUGUUCUUGUUUGCCUAUGACAACGCUAAAAGCAGAAAGGAGCAUGGCGACAUUGAAGCUGAGCUGGCCAGGGAACUGUCCUACUUUGAGCUUCUCAAGCAGGGCCUUGAGGCUUCCAAGAACAAUAGAAGAGUUCAAUUGGCUUAUGUCAGUACGUUUGUUUCUAGAUCAACUACAGUUGCAAACGCUGUGUUCAUUCCACUUAUGGUGUUCAAGUACUACUCCGAGAACGGUCAAUGCAGUGGUUCCGUGCUGGAAUCCGCCAAUACCCCACUGAAGGAUGACUGUUACGAUGGCUACGUUUUCCUGGCCAUUCUUACAGGUGUUGCUCAAACCGUUGCGCUUAUUUCUUCGCCAUUGUGGGGUGUCUUAGUCGAUUCAAAGCGUUUGGGUUGCCUGAUGACUUUGCUUACUGCCUCUGUGAGCGGAAUGAUUGGUGCCUACGGACUUUGUCUUGCCAGUAUUGGAGAUGGCGGAUACGACCCUAGAAACGCCUUGUGUUUCAUUCUUGUCAGUUUCAUUGGUCUUUCGCAAAUUGGAACGAUCAUUGCUAGCAUGAGUUUGAUCAGUUCUGUUGGCCUGACGGUGGAAUCUGCAGAGCAUAAGGUUAUUGGCAGCAUCAGUGGCUGCUCCAGUGUAUUUGGUGGUAUUGGUAUUUUGGCGAUUACCAAGAUUGGUGGAUCGUGGAGUGAUUCGUGGACAUUUGCGCCAUUCUUUAUCUUGGGAAGUCUUAACGUGGUAUUGGCUGGUUUUUCUGUCGCUGCCACCAGGAAAUAA